AUGUCGCGCUACGCUGAAGCCCACGUUAAGCCAAACGGCCCUGGUGACGCACGUCCGACGGCUCUACAGAUUAUUAAGGAUGAGGGUGCUGAAGGCAAACUUGAAGGCAAUGUCAUUGUAAUCACUGGCACGUCUUCUGGUAUUGGUAUCGAAACCGCUCGCGCCCUGGCCACCACCGGUGCCACACUCUUUCUCACGGCCCGGGACAUUGCUAAGGCCCAAUCUGCCCUCGCUGGUUUCUUUGAACCUUCUCGCAUGGAGAUUAUUGAGAUGGACCAGGCAUCUCUGUCAUCCGUGCGCGCCGCGGCCGCCAAAAUUCUCGCAAAGACCUCCAAGAUUCACCUCCUUGUGAACAAUGCUGGCAUCAUGGCAAUUCCCGACCUCCGCUCAACCGCCGAUGGCUUCGAACUCCAGUUCGGCACAAAUCAUCUCUCGCAUUUCCUUUUCUUCAAGCUCCUGCAGCCCGCUCUCCUUGCCGCCGCCUCCGUUGAACUCCCUUCUCGCGUUGUCAAUCUCACUUCCUCGGCUCACAACUUGCAUGGGAUCAAUGAUUCCGACAACUACAACUUUGAAAAAGGCGGCUAUCAGCCCUUUGUGUCCUAUGGGCAAUCCAAGACUGCCAACAUGUACAUGGCCAACGAGAUUGAGCGUCGCUACAGCUCGCAGCAUUUGCACUCCACGAGCGUCCAUCCUGGUAUUAUCCACACGGGGCUGAGCCAACACAUGCCGCCUGAUGCCUUCAAAGGAAUGGACCAUUUGUAUCCUAUUUUCAAGAGUGUUGAGCAGGGUGCCGCAACAACGGUUUGGGCGGCUGUCGGCAAGGCUUGGGAGCACGAGGGCGGAAAGUACCUGGUUGACUGCGACGUAGCUAGACCGCACGUGGAAGGCGAAGAUAAGACCAUGUCAUCCGGGUAUGCUCCGCACGCUUAUGAUGUGGUGGCUGCGAAGAGGUUGUGGAGCGACUCGCUCAAGCAUGUGGGAUUGGCAGAGGAGUAG